AUGUGGACCUUGAGCGGGAUCUACCGGCCGGUGUUUCUGGAAGCGUUUGGUUCCCGGAAUAAAUGCCAAAUCCUGGACUACAAAACCAUCGCAGACUAUGCGACCAGGACGUUGUCGCUGGAGCUAGAGUUGGACGUCGGGGAGGAGAGAAAUCUUCGUGAUGACAAGGCAAAUGAAGUGGUCCUCGCACCAGAUGGAGUUGAAGGUCGUACAGAGCCAAACUCAAACACAGGUGGAGACAACAGCGCAGCUACAACCCAAGUAGAUCAACAACAUGAUCAUCCUGACGAGCUGGCACUGCAACUGACUGUGACCAUCCAGCGGCAAAAGGAUUUUCCCGCGAGCCCCAACGUCGGGAGUAAACGGUUUCCGGCAGCCAGGCGCACGGUGUUUCAUCAACUGCUGCAAAAAACGACACGAGGACGAGCAAAUAGCACUUAUAGUGGCUCUGCAGGCCCGGCGGGGGCUCCGGCUCUCUCGACGCAAACAAGACUUGUCACAAUCGCAAAUGCGGCAACUCCACAGCGCGAUGAUCCAACGGGAGGUGAACAUCUUCCAGCUCCGUCGGCUACUUGCCGUGUAUGUCCGGUGCUGGAAGGAGAAGGAGCUGCGCCUUUUGGCCCAAAU